GUAGCAGCACUUCGCGCCUGCCUUGCAGUGUACGUUCGCUUGUGAGCCUUGUGAAACUGGAUGAACUUGAUGGCACUUCUAACGACGGCGCCGUGUGAUCCAUGUUAGACAAUUGCUUAAACAAGCUAGGUACAGGCGUAGGAAGGGUUGAGAGCAAACGGAUUGAUGGGUUCGAGCACUCGUGGGGCAGUACGCGGGGCUUCGAAGGGGGCAGGGUAGACGGCGUGACCGAGAGGGGAGGCACCUGUUUGGGCGUCAAUUGGUUGCGGGAGAACGAGAUGAAGUCUGGUAACAGUCGCUUCUUCGGCCGGCCAUUGCGUUGCUGCUGCUUCCCAACUCGGGCUCAUCCUGCCAUUUCAAGGUGUCGUCAUCCUCGGGGUCAUGGAGGUUGUUCAGCCUACAACACGAUUAUAUGAGUCAU